AUGUCUCACCAGUUUCCGCCUGAGAACCCUCAUCCUCUCAUUGAGAACUUUCCCAAUGACAGCAAGGACCGCGCGGAGCAGGUCGCUACGAUUGCGGUCUCUGCCGCACAUCCUAGGGAGGAUCUGGGCUUAGUUGCACUAGACUAUGAAGGCCCGGAGGUAACGCGCAAGGAGCUCUGGUCAUACUACUUGUACUACAAUGGCGACAAUGGUGUUGGACCUCUUGGAUACAGUAUGACGCUGUUCCAGAGCCUUGCCCAAGCAGCGGGAUACGACCCAGUUGCCGGUCCUGGAUCCUCCUGCAGUGCCCCCGAUGCCAGUGGUCAAUGUGUCCUUCCAUGGGCAGGCGGAACGAAAGCCGUAAACAGCAUCGUCUUGAUAGCAAAUGGACUCAGCUUCAUGUUUAUGACCCUUAUCUUUACUACCAUUGGAAGCGCGGCAGACUAUGGGAGCUUUGGCAGGUGGCUGCUUCUGGUGUUGACGGUCGUAUGUUGGGCCGCCCAGUUCGGCAGCAUGGGCUUGUUGGGUCCUGCUCAGUGGCAGGCUGCGAUGGCGCUCUACAUGAUCGGUUUCAUCUCCUAUGGUGCCACCCUUGUAUUUUACGCCGCCAUAUUCCCGCGCCUCGCACGCAAUACGCCACACUCUCGCGCGUUGCGCGAACGCUACGAACGACGCGAGAUCGUCGCGGCAGAGUAUGAGCAGGAGGAGUCACUGGAGAAGAAUCGGAUUAGCAACAUUAGCACGAUGCAUAGCAAUUGGGGAUACCUAUUCACGUUGCUCCUCAAUCUGAGUGUCCUGCUGCCCCUGCAGAAUGAUCCGAAGGUGGACAAGACGAACGCCUACUGGGUCAUACUUGGCAUUUGGUGGUUCAUAUAUCAACAGCCGCGUCCUGGACCUCCUCUGCCGAAGGGCGAAUCCUACCUAACCAUUGGGUGGAAGCAGAUCUGGCAAGCCUGCAAACAAUAUAAGAAGCUUCCCUACACCUUCAUCUAUCUGGUGUCAUUCUUCCUCCUUGCUGAUGGCCUCAACACCACUGGCACUUUGGUGUCCAUCUGUCAAAACGAUCUGUUCCAAUUUUCUUUCUUACAGAACACGUACCUAGGGCUGGCGCAAGCGAUCACCUCGAUCAUAAGCACGGGUGGAUUCUGGUAUAUCCAGCGAUAUUGGAAGAUCAAGACAAAACCUAUGUUCAUCGUCACCAACGUGUUCACCAUCUUCAUUCCACUUUGGGGCAUGAUAGGGCUCUGGACCAACAAGAUCGGAUUUCACAACGCGUGGGAAUUCUGGUUCUAUAAUGUCGUUUUUGGCCUAUUCCAAGCACCGUAUUACGCCUUUUCGCAGACCAUAAUGGCAGAGCUCACCCCUCCGGGAUUCGACAACAUGUACUUCGGCCUGUUUGGCUUGUCUAACCGUGCAAGCAGCAUGAUCGGCCCGAACGUCAUCCAGGCGAUCAUCAACAACACAGGCAAUAACUGGGACGGCUUCCCCUUCCUUUUUGCUCUCUGUACAGCUGCAAGUAUCGUCAUUUGGUUUGGCGUUGAUGUGGAGAAGGGUAGGCAUCAGGCGGUCGAGUUUGCGAAGCUGGAAAGGAGCAAGAACAAGGAAGGCACGGAGAGUUUGGAGGACACCAAAGGCACUGUCAUGUAG